AUGUGUGGUGUUCAGAGUGUUUGCAGUUAGCAUUGAGUCUAACAACCUCUUUCAUUGAAUUUGUGUUGAAUAAUUUUUUUUUAACCACUAAAAUAUAAAGUCAGUUUUAAAUAAACAAGUUGAAAUUCAAUUGUCAUAAUUGACAAUAUAUUAACAAUUAAAAACAAUAAUAAUAAAAUAAUAGUUGAUAAUAAAAUAAAUAAAGUAAUAAUAAUUAACCCAACAAAAAUGGAUAACCCUGAGGAAGUGUUACAAGCUCUCGAUGAAUUUUGUAAAAUGCGACCAUCUGAAAUUCCACGUGAACUUGAAGAUUAUCUCUGUUUUGUUGCUAAAACUGGUGAUCCAGUAUAUCAAUGGUCAUUAAUAAAACCAUUAUUUCGUGAAAAAUUAGUACGUGUGAUGACGGAUUUUUAUGAAAAUUGUCCGGCGCUUGAUUUGGCAUCAAGCCCAAAUCUUGAGCAUUUCAAUUACGACAUUAUGAAAUGCAAUCUUCUUGAACUUUUGGAAUCAUUUGCAAGUGCUCCCUUCACCGUUCAAAGAAUAUGUGAAUUAUUGACAUCACCACGUAAAGAAUAUAACCGUGUUGAUAAGUUUAUGCGAGCCAUUGAAAAAAAUAUACUUGUUGUGUCAACAAAAGAACCUGGUCCAACAGCAAGACGAAGUGAAAACGGUGAGAGUAUGUUGAAUGGAUCUAUUGACGAUGAUAAUAUUACUCCUAACAAUCAAUCCUCCCAGGAAGUUGAAAUGGAAUCUUGGGUUAAAGAUUGCACUGCUGACGCUAACUCAUUAUCACUUACACCAACAGACCAUGAUCAAUCAUUAGUUGAUACUAUUUCACCAUCAAAUAAAAUAUUAACUAAAGAUGUUAAUACUAAUAAUCCAUCGACUGAAGACAGUAGUAAUUUAUCAACUCAAGAUAAUAAUAAAGACCAGUCAUCAAGAUUAGAAAUGACGGUCUCCGGUUUUAUAUCUGCUGCUCACGAUUUGUCGAGUACCCCAUUAAUAACAACUCCCAACUCUGUUCACGACACAAUCACUACUGUUAAUAAUCUUUCUAACUCCACAGAUCAGAUAUCAUCAAUCAAUGAUGUUUCCGAAGCAAUCAUCAAUGAGGAUACCAGCUCCCAACCAAGUUUGGAUACCGAAAAUGACAACAACUCUGAAUCAAACACCAAUAAAAAACUCCAAACAACAUUUGAAUCUAAAGAUUUUGCUGGUAAAUUAAAUAAUGAACUUGCUGAUAAGUUUUACACUGGUAGUAAUUAUAAAACUGAAGCUGAAUCGAUAAUUAAAAAUGAUGAUUUAAGUAAGUGCAUCGAUGAAAAAUUACACCAAGACUUGAAAGAUGACAAUCCUAAAUCGGAUGAUGAGUCUAAAUCAUGUUACGACAGUAAUUUGGAGUCAGAAACCCCGGAAAAACGUCCACGUUUAGACGCUGACAUCGAUGAAGUGAAAAAUAAUAAAAUUGAUAAUAAUCGUAGUUUUUCAGUGGUUUCAUCUCAAGACGAAACUGAAAUAAACGACAGUAGUAGAUUAAUUGUCAGUGAUACGGCAAUUAAAAGUGACAAAACAGAUAAUUUAUUAGGUAAUGACAGAAAUGAUCAGGAAUUACAGUCUGCGGAAUCAUGUUCACAUGAAAUACAAUCAGAAGCAACAUUUGUAGCUGAACAGGUGCCAAAAUUAACAUCUGAUGAUUCAAGAAGUAACCCGGAAAAAUCAAAUGAAGAAACCACAACAGAAGCACAGGAAUGCUCAGAGGAUACUCCAAAACCUAUUAUUGAAGAACCUCCAUCAGAAUCAUCUUCGUCUUCAUCUUCCUCUUCGUCAAUAUCAUCACCAUCGUCUUCAUUAAAUGAAAGCACACAAAAGAGUUCAAAAGCUGAUGAUAAACAAAAUAGUAGUGUUGUUAUUCAAGAAGCUAUGAAUGAUGACAGUAAGUUAUUUAGUAAUGCAUCAAUUAACGAUCCUAUUCCAAUUAUUGAAGAACCUAAAGAUGAAUUAACUAAUAUGGACACUGUACCAGGUACUCAAUUAGAAAUAUCUGAUUACACAAAAACUGAUUCUGAUGUUCCUGCUGAUUCUGGUACUAAUGACAAUCCCGAUAAUACUGAAAUACAAACACAAGCUGAAUCAGAAGAAUUAAAAGUAGAAGAUAAAAAUUUAAUUAAUUUAGAUGGCAACAAUGAUGCUGUUGCUGUGGCUGCUACUGUUUCUGCUGCUGAUGAUUUGAAUAAAAUGUUACCUACCAUUCCGGAUUUGUCAAAUAUUCCAAUGGAGAAAGAAGAGUCAAUGGAAAGCGAAUCAAUGGAAGUUGAUAAUGAAGAACCUAAUCCAGUAUUUGAACAAGACGAACCUAUGGAACAAGAAAGUGGAGAUCAGAUAAGAAGUUAAUAAAUAUAUAUCUAUAUAUGUAUAUAUUCUAUACAUAUAUGCAUAUAUUUAUAUAAAUAUUUCAUGACUUAUUAUUUUUUUACCGUGGCUUAAAUCCAUUGACAUUUGAAUGAAAAUAAAAUAUUAAAUUUUCGACAUAAAUUUUUCAUAAAACUUAGUGGAUACAUUACUCAUUAUCAAUUAAUAUAUUAUUACUAAUAUUUUUAAUAUUCUAUCAGUUAAAAUCAAUUGUUUAUAAGAAUUAAUUUACUUCAAGACACGUGCCCCGAAAUUUUGAAUUAUUUGUGUUUGUAGUUUUUUUCAUAAAUUAUUUGUUUGAUGUAUGUAGUUUAAUUAUUUAUUACACGAUAGAAUUAUAUAAAAAUAGAUCUUUCUUACUAUUAGUUAAUAAAGUGGUCAAUGGUUUCAUAUGAUAAUAAAAAAAAGAAAAACGCCAGAAAUCGGCAGUACGAUAGUAAAAUCUCGUAUUUCUCUUUUAAAAAUAUAUAGAUGGUGCGUGGUUUUACCAAAAUAUCGCAAAAAUGCCAUUAACUUUAAUGUCACUGCCUGAAAAUUUUUUUAAAUCAGUAAAUAAUAAAAAAUGGAAUACUUGAAAUUAAAAAAAAAAAAAAAAAAAAAAGAAAAAAACAGUAGUAAUUAAACUUAUAAAUAUUUGACAAAAAUAAAUCAUGAAAGAUGUUACGUUAAUAGUUAUGUAAAAUGGAAUUAAUUGCUAUCAAUAAAGGGGUACACGUAAUAUUAAAUAUAAUUAUAAAUAAAAAUUAAGUAAUAAAAAUACGUUAGUAAAAUUAAUUUAAGUGUAUAUUAACUGUGUAUAGGUAAAAUAUAUGCAGAUUAUUAAUAAAAAUUAAAAAGUAAA